GUCCACCUGGGCGCGGGCCGCUUGACUGGGGAAGGCCGAGGCGAGGCGGCGCCAGCGAGCCUGCGCGCUUACGGCGGCCAGAAGGGGCCAGAGGCGGUGCCGCCAGUGACAGACGCGAGCCCCACCUUUCCCACGUGGCCGCGGAGACCGGCUCAGGAGCAUCUAUUGGGUGCCUACAGCCCAUGAGGAAGGAAUGAAGAUGGCCACCAAGCGGAUUACCCAGGAGACGUUUGAUGCAGCUGUUCGUGAGAACAUCGAGGAGUUUGACAUGGGGCCAGAGGAAGCAGUGACAGAGGCUGUGGAGCAGUUUGAAUCACAGGGGGUCGAACUGAGCAACAUUAUAAAGAUGGCACCCAAAAUCUCUGCAGAUGGACUACAGGAGCCUAUACACGACAUCCUGCAGAUCCUAGAAGACCUGCGGGAGUCUGUGACCUGCUAUUACCCACAGAAGGUGUCGGCACAACUUACCCGCUUUUGUGAACAAUGCAAGCAGCACAAGGGCUGCCGCUUUCUGGCAGCUCAGAAGGAUGCCUACCCCAUUCUACUUGCUGUCUGGAAGCUGGCUGCAGAAGGUGACCAGGGACUUCUGCUCCAGGCUCUCAACGCCCUAUCAGCACUUAUCAAUGGCCAGCCCGACCUCUUGGACACCCAGGGCCUAAAGCUGCUGGUGGCCACGCUGGACCAGAAUGCCGAUGUGGCUGACCUGACUUGCUCUGGGAUCCGCUGCAUACGCCAUGCUUGCCUGAAACAUGAGCAGAAUCGACAGAGUCUGGUGAAGGCUGGUGUGCUGCCUCUAUUAACUGGUGCUAUUGUCAGGCACAGCCGCUGUGCCGACGUGGUCAGGGAGGCCUCUUGGGCCCUCCGCAUCAUGACUUUUGAUGAUGACAUUCGUGUGCCCUUCGGCAGCGCCCAUGAUCACGCUAAGAUGAUCGUGCAGGAGAACGGAGGCUUGAAGGUGCUCAUUGAGGCUGCCAAAGCAUUCCAUGACAACCCCAGCGUCCUGAGUGAGCUCUGCAGCACUUUGUCCCAUCUGACUGUUCGCAACGAGUUCUGUCAAGAGGUCGUAGACCUCGGGGGCCUUGGCAUCCUGGUGGCCCUAUUGGCCAACUGCAACAGCCAUCAGGACCUUGUGAAGCAAGUGCUGAGUGCCCUGAGGGCCAUUGCAGGCAAUGAUGAUGUGAAGGAUGCCAUUGUCCGUGCAGGUGGAACAGAGUCCAUUGUGGCUGCCAUGACCCGGCACCUGGCCAGCCCUCAGGUGUGUGAGCAGAGCUGUGCAGCCCUGUGUGUCCUGGCCCUGCGCAAGCCAGAGAACAGCCGGAUUAUUGUGGAGGGCGGUGGUGCUUUGGCUGCACUGGAGGCGAUGAAGGCACACCCGAAGGAGGUUGGUGUGCAGAAACAGGCCUGCAUGUUGAUCCGAAACCUAGUGGCCCGCAGCCAGGCCUUCUCUCAGCUCAUCCUGGACCUGGGGGCCGAAGCACUCAUUGUGCGGGCCCGUGCUGCUCACCAAGAUUGUGAGGACGUGGCCAAGGCAGCCUUGCGGGACCUGGGGUGCCAUGUAGAGCUCCGAGAGCUGUGGACCGGCCAGAAGGGCAACCUGGCACCAUGACCCAGCCUCCUUCUAGAUUGCGACUCUGGGUGAGUCGUGUGACUCAGGAAAUGGGAAGAUCCAUGUCCUGACAUUCUGCCUCCCAGAUUCCUCUCCCAACUCAGUCAGAGCUAUUUCUGAUGGGUACCAGCUACAAGCUUGGGAGUGCAAAGGGAGCAUUGAUAAGGCAUCUACACUGGGUCUUGUGCUCCCAUCACCAGCCAACAGUGCUGGUAUUACCCAUCCUGACCCCUCCCACAAGCCCUUUCCUACCAGAAGGACCUUCUCAGCAUUGCUUGGGGUGAAGAGCUAUCUGAAAUUUGGCAGACACACUGGCCAGUCUCAGAGUGGGGUAGGGAUCUCGCUCCUGCCUCUUCAAGUCCAUUCUUGCCUUGCUCCUGUUUUUCUCACCUGUAAAUGGGUCAAAGACACCUUGCUCUCCUGGCCAGAGGGCAGGGACUGAGGCUGGUCCAUCUCUGGAGCCCCAGGCCAGCCAUUCCUGUGUGGUAAUAAAAAGACCUUGCUUGCCCUGGA